UUGAGCAAGAGAGCCCUUGAAAAAAAAGACACUCUGGCAAGAGAGAAACCGGCCGGACAUGGCAGGGACGGCGGUGAGCAUGGCGAGGUCCAUGCUGGGGGGUGCCAUCAGCAAGGCUGCCUCGGCCGCCCCGGCCGAGAUGAGCUUAUUGAUGGGUGUGGAGAAGGAUAUCUGGUUCAUUAAAUAUGAGCUAGAGUCGAUGCAGGCAUUUCUGUUGUCUGUUGAAGCGAGUAAGAUGAAAGACAUUCAACUGAAGGUGUGGGCGAAGCAAGUCAAAGACUUAUCGUACAAUAUUGAAGAUUGCCUUAGUGAAUUCAUGGUGCAUGUGAGAAGCCAAAGCUUAUCGCGACAGCUGAUGAAGCUCAAAGAUCGCCAUCAAAUUGCCAUGCAGAUCCGUGAACUCAAAAUAAGAGCUGAAGAACUAAGCAUUAGGAAUGGACGCUACAACUUCAUUAAGACAGAGGCCUCCAACACUGUUGACGAGGUAGAUUCGUACAACGAAGAUGUUCGCAAUCACGCAACUAGCAACAUUGAUGAAGCAGAACUUGUGGGCUUUUCGAAGCCUAAGGAGGAGUUGACAAACCUGAUAGAUGUCAACACUGAAGAUGAUUUUCCUAAGGUGAUAUGUGUUGUCGGCAUGGGUGGUUUAGGAAAGACUACUAUUGCAAGGAAGACAUAUGAAAGUAAGGAAGAUAUUGUGCAGAAAUUUUCUUGUGUUGCUUGGGUCACAGUAUCACAUUCGAUUUUCAAGGUAGAGAUGCUCAAGGGUAUGAUCGGGCAGCUUUUGGGACAUGAGGCACUGAAGAAAUGCUUGAAAGAACUUAAAGGGAAGGCAGUGCAAGUGGAUGACCUCUCCAAUUACCUCAUGGAAGAGCUCAAGGAUAAAAGGUAUUUUAUUGUUUUUGAUGACUUGUGGACCAUAGAUAUGUGGAGGUGGAUCAAAGAAUUUGCUUUUCCUAGCAGUAACAAGAAAGGUAGUCGGAUAGUAAUAACAACACGAGAUAUGGGCUUAGCUAAGGAGUGUUCUCUUGACUCACAUAUCUACCAACUCAAACCACUACAAUCAGUUGAUGCUGCAAAUUUGUUACUAAGAAAGUGUAGGAAAAGGCAGGAGGACAUGGAGAAAGAUGAGAACUUGAAGAACAUAGUUGAAAAAUUAGUUAAAAAAUGUGGUGGUUUACCAUUAGCUAUACUCAUGGUAGGUGGCGUCCUUGCCACAAAAAAGGUACCUGAGUGGGGACAAUUUUAUAAGCAUCUCCCUUCAGAGCUUGAGACUAAUCCAAGCCUUGAUGCAAUGAGGAGGAUGGUUACUCUGAGCUACAACUACCUGCCAUCUCAUCUAAAGUCAUGCUUUUUGUACCUAAGCAUCUUUCCCGAGGAUUUUGAAAUUAAGAGGAGGUCUCUAGUAGAUAGAUGGAUAGCUGAGGGGUUCGUCAUCGCUAGAGGCAGGGUAAACAUUGAGAAAAUUGGAAAAGAUUAUUUCAUUGAGCUAAUCAACCGAAGCAUGAUUAUACCAUCAAGAGUGAAUGUGGAAGGAACAGUUAAGAGUUGUCGAGUCCAUGAUGUCAUGCGUGAUGUCAUGAUCUCAAUUGCUAGAGAUGAAAACUUUGUGUACUUGUCUGCCGACGAUAAUGUAAAUAGUGUAGCAGAGGAGAACUUUCGUCAUGUAUCAUACCAUGGUAGAAAGUGCCUAAAGGAAUGCAUAGAUUGGAGGCAUGUCCGGUCAUUAACCAUGUUUGGUGAGAAACCCAUAGAGCCACCUGCUCCCCUGUUUCCACCUAGCAUGAGAAUGCUUAGAACCCUGGAUGUACACAGUGCACACUUUGGAAUCACACAAAAAGAUAUCAAGGACAUAGGAUUGUUCCGCCACUUGAAGUAUUUGAAUAUUGGGAGUGCUAAUGCACAUUCAAACAUUUGUAGAAUUCCAAGAUCUAUAGGAAUAUUAGAAGGUUUGCAGACUUUGGAGAUAAGAAUGACAGAUAUAUCAACAAUACCAAAUGAGAUUUGCAACCUUGUGAGUCUCCGUAGCAUCCGGUGUAGAAAAACACAUUGGUUGUAUUAUCAUGAUCUUGAGCCCUCUAUGGGAUGCUUGAUGGACGUGAUGUAUCAUCGUAUGAUUACUCAUAAUUCUCAUGAAAAAGCUUUGAAGCCGCGCAUGCCUUGCUUUAGCCAUUGGUCAAUAUACAAAGGUGUCAGUGUGCCGAGAGGGAUUAGCAAGUUACAAGAGUUACAAAUACUAGAGGUCGUGGACAUCAAACGGAGUGAUGACAAUGCAAUUAAAGAGUUAGGUGAGCUUGUGCAGCUAAAAAAACUUGGCGUGGUAACAAAAGAGGCCACCGACCAAAAAUGCAUGUUACUUUGUGCAGCUAUUGAGAAGUUCACUUCCCUGUGCUCUCUUAAUGUGGAUGCGGGUGAAGAAGGUUCUCUCAAGUGGCUACAUUCUGUUUCAUUACCUUCCCGCCUUAUGAGGAGCCUUAAGUUGGUUGGAUGUCUUGGAGAAAUGCCCAACUGGUUUGGAAGUUUGAUGCAUUUAGUAAAGAUUUAUCUAGGGCAUAGCUGGCUGAAAGGAGGUAAAACCAUGGAACUAUUAGGUGCACUGCCCAUCCUCAUGGUGCUUGGUCUUGGUCAGGAUACAUAUGUUGGGAGGAGGUUAGUGUUCGGACCAGGAGCAUUCUCAAAUCUCAGGAUACUUGAUAUUUAUUAUCUAAGUCGAGUGAGAGAGGUGAGGUUCGAAGAGGGCACCUCACACCAGUUGGAGAGGAUACAGAUAAGUGGGGUUUGGUUGGAAUUUGUUGGUAUCAAGCACCUCCCAAGGCUCAAGGAGAUUUCACUUGGCUUGGGGGCUAAAGUGGCAAAGCUUGGUGCCCUUAAACGGGAAGUGGAGGCACACCCCAACGAUCCCGUGCUGCGACUAAGUGAGGACUGGAGCGAGCAUAACAUAGAAGGCGAAGCAGACCAGGGCUGGUGGUCCAUGUUUUUUCGUCCAGAAGAGGAAGAGAUCGGCUCAGAAUCACAAGUGGUGGUCACGGCAACGACCGACGUCAUCAGCCAAGGCUCUCACUUAGAAGAUGAUGGAAAUGGGUUCUGCUCUUGCAUUUCUCCUUCGCUUAUUCGACUCUGUUGCUGCACUGUUGCACCUUCCCCGCUGCUGCAGUUCAGGUUGACGCCUUCACUGCUACAAAUGGAAUCUUCUUUCCACCCCGAGCCUGCAGCAGCAGGAGAUCAGAGCUUGUUGCAGACAACGGUCAUGGCGACGGCCAACACGGGUAACAUCGAAGAAGAUCUGCCAUACACUUACAACUCGUGCUGAGGAUUGACAGCUUGGUGUUUCUCUGCUUGCUGCUACUCCUUACACUGCUCUCUUCACCUUGAAGUCUCCUGUUUCAGCACCAUGCUUGGUACAAUUUUCAACUGCACACAAGGUCAGCUAUGCACGGCAAACUCGGAGAUGCAGUGUUGCUCUGUUCGUAUUUUGCAAAAAGGAUGUCCUUUAUUGAUUCUUUGCAAAAGUAUCUAGGUGGUACAGUCACAAAAAAGAGUUCAACCUCCCGGCUUCUGCAUCUGGAUGUACACAACCCAUUUUAUUGCUGCUCUGUUCCUGUCAGAAUGUUGAUGGUUUUUGUCGUCGCUGGAUUUCCUUUUCUUGGUAUGCUAGGUGCACCCGCUCAGUAUAAAUCGUUCCUCCGGCAUUCUAGGCAGCCUCCCGGGCUCGAAUUUACAUUUUACAUGGAGCCGAAUACCUCACAGCGGGUCUGUGCCUAGCGGUGCACUUGGCGCGCGGUCCUCCGUAGGGCAAUCCAUGCAGCAGUAUCGGGGCGUUUGGGAAUGUUGCUGUCAGGCCUUUCCGUGCCCUCAAUGGAAAUUUCAAGCACAUCAUAUUUUACUAUCAAGAUGGGACGUCGUUGCUUCCACUGAGGGUAUUUAAAUUUAAGCAACGGCGAGCUGUAUUAGUGCUGCUUUCUUUCACCAUUGUAUAAGCCUAAAGCUGUUGUCACUUCUGCAAUAGGGUGUUUUAAGUUCCAUUUGUAGCAUUGAACAUUGUGCGAACCUAAAGCUAUUUGACUAAUUUGGGCGUUAAGUAUUUGUUGUACUCCACCAACGGUGCUGUGUGAAGUGUUUGUUUGUAAACAUCUACUGUAUGACUGGUGUUUAAUCUAUCGAGGAACUUAUGUUAAUUGAAUCA